GGAGCCAUAGAGAGAGGGCAGAGCACGGAGCCAUAGAGAGAGAGCAGAGCACGGAGCCAUAGAGAGAGAGCAGAGCACGGAGCCAUAGAGAGAGAGCAGAGCACGGAGCCAUAGAGAGAGGGCAGAGCACGGAGCCAUAGAGAGAGAGCAGAGCACGGAGCCAUAGAGAGAGAGCAGAGCACGGAGCCAUAGAGAGAGAGCAGAGCACGGAGCCAUAGAGAGAUAGAGCAGAGCACGGAGCCAUAGAGAGAGAGCAGAGCACGGAGCCAUAGAGAGAGAGCAGAGCACGGAGCCAUAGAGAGAUAGAGCAGAGCACGGAGCCAGAGGGAGCCAGAGAGCAGAGCACGAAGCCAGAGGGAGAGAGAGGGCAGAGCACGGAGCCAUAGAGAGAGAGCAGAGCACGGAGCCAGAGGGAGCAGAGCACGGAGCCAGAGGGAGCCAGAGAGGGAGAGCACAGAGCGAGAGCUUCUCCCUGGGACGUCGUCGUCGUCGUCAUCCACGUCCAUGGCCGUCUCGGUGGCGGUGGCGGAACGCGCCAAUGGACUUCUCGUGACGGGGCGAUUCGAGGAUCUGUGGGCGCUGUGCGAGGAGAACGCGAGGGGAGAUGGAGCAGGAGGAGGCUGCUGUGGGCCCCGCGCCGCGCUCUGUGCCCUGGGCGUGCAGGCCCUGGCGGAGAUGGAGCGCUGGGCCGAGGUGCUGCCCUGGGUGCUGGCGCAGUACGGGUCAGCGGGGAACCUGCCGGCGCAGGUGCUCCAGCUGUGCAUCCUGCUCAUGAGCCGGGUGGGGAAGCCCGAGAUGGUGCUGGACGUGGCGCGGGCCUGGCUACACGAGCGCGUCGCCCCCCGGCGAGCCACACCGGACCCCACGGCAGAUGGCGGCGGCCACAGGGCAACCCCGAUGGGAGAAGACCAGACGCAGGAUGGGUCGGCCCUCGUGGCGGAGCUUCACCUGAUGUACGUGCUGCUUCCCCUGCGGCGGUGGGGAGAGGCGGAGGGGCUUUUAAGCAGCAUGACCGAGGUGUGGGAGAGCUGGCGGGGAGACCGGGCCCAGGUCUUGCUGCAGGAAGCAAGAGAGAGGGCGGCUUCUAUGCCCAAACAGGAGCCAUGUGACCAGCAGCAGCCACCACUGCCCGCCCAGACAAAUGGCGAUGGCAUUAGCAGCAGCAGCAGCAUUAGCAGCAGCAGACCCGGUAACGAGCGUUGGGGCCGCGUGUGCCGGACCCUUUUGGCCGUGAUGUCGGUGGCCGGAGCCCCCGUUCGCCAAGCCGCCCUCUUCCUCUUCCUCCUCUCCAUGCUGCUCUUCCAACUCGACCCCGCAUCACCUGCCGCCCUGCGCCCCACUUCGGCCCUGGUGAGGAUGCUGGUGCGGGCCUGGAGAGCCACGAUGGGGCGGCUGUACCCCACGCACUGAUCCCACACGCCGCGGCCGUUUAAGGACAGAGCAGCCCGCACAGUGGAGUGGCGAAGAGGCAACAAUAUCACCCCACCACCUAAGAUAAUCGUCCGCCGGAUUUGGGGGAAAGCGUGACCUGGCCAAUACUUUUGUCGUCGUUUCGUGCGUUGAACUUCUUUCGCACCGUACAUAGCCAACCGUGCUAAAUGGGAAGUGCGUGAUCUAUCCACGACUAGAUGAAGGCUUCCCCCAAACCGUCGCCGUCGCACUCGCGGUCUCGUGAAGCAUGAACACGCGAAAAGGGGGGGGGGGUCACAAUUCGAUACGAGCACUUCAUCUCCGUUGUACAUCUCGCAAGUUUUAAUCUGCCGAGUUCAUUCCAUCUAAAGUGAAUUCCUGCUACGAGCGAAUGAAGCAUUGCGGUGUUGCUCAUUCUCAUGUUUACAACCCGAGCUGGGCAGUGGUGUAAAUUCCACGUUCCCAAGCCGGAUGAAAACUCACAAUAUUCCGACUGUGAGACACUCGCUCUCCCCGACCGACGUGGCCAGCUACCCUAGAUUUAAUCCGGUAUGUCACAAUACAACUCAAGAUUAAAGUGGAUUAUUUUGCUAAUAAAACACCAAAUAAUAAUUAUCCGCGAUUUACGCAAUCACAUUUUGCUCCUCCAG